AUGUUUUCAGAUCCUUAGUUCCAUCCUUUAAAGAAAUUGGUUUACUCUAAGUUGAAUAUAUAAGAAACAGAACGUAUUGAUAUUUCAGCAAUUUUGUAAAUAUUUAAAACUAUUUCAAAGGGAUGCUUAUGUCCAUAAAUAUCAUGGUCAUUCUCUAUUAAGAGAUGAUGUGUUUUUAAUGUUAGCAAUUAGUAUUAUAAUAAAAAAAAGAAUGAAAAAAUUAAAAUAAUAGAUUCUUGAGGCUAAGGAAUCCAUUUUCAAUGAUAAUAACAAUAAAAUAUAAAAUUAAAAUUUGGUUACUCCUAUUGCAAAAAAAAGAAAGGUUUAGAAAUAAAGAAGAGAAUAAAUAGUUGUUGACAAUUAAUUAAUCAAAUUACCUAAUUAUUUCUCAUAAACUUAAAGUAAAAAUUAUAAUUUUAUAAUAUUUAGAUUCAUAAUUAGCCAAAGAAGAAUCAAUAUUACUACCUGGUAGUUAAUAAACAUCAUUUCAUUCAUAAUAAUAAAUUAUGCAAAUAGAAGAAGAAGGAAUUGCUCCUGAAUAAAUUUUUGUACCAGAUUACAGAGAUUUACUUAGAAAUUAAGGUCUUAUGCAAUAAAUACAUCAACAAGAUGAAAAUAUAUUUUAAACAGAAAUAAAACAAGCUAAUAUAGAGAAUGGUGUUGUUUAUAAUUUGUAUUAAUAAAUGUUAGAAUAAUUACACAUCAGUAUAGAUGCUGAAAGCGUAUGUAAUGAAGAAUGUGAAACGAAAUAAAAUACUAGGAAAAAAGUAAAAGUUUAAAUGGAUCAAGGAAUUAGAAAACAAAAGAUUUAGAAUUAUAAGAGUUAAUUCUAUGAAUUAGAAGAUGAGGAAUCUCAUUUAUUAUAAAAACUAGAAUCAUAUCUUAUCAAUGAAUAUAAGAUAUAACAUUAAGAUUAACUAACAAAUUAAGAUGAAAUGUUACAAUAGAUUUUCUCGUGUCUUAAUGAUUCCAGUUACUAAAACUAAUUAUUAUCUAUGGUUAGUAUUAUGAAUCCAGAAGAAAUCUACUUAAAUUAAUCAUGUGAAAGUAACAAUAAAUCAAAUGUCUCUGUUAAAUCUGUUCUUAGAAGUAGGAACUUAAGUGAGGAUUCUAUUAAAAGUUUAAAGAGAAUACAUUUUGUUGAAGAAUAACAUUUAGAGGAGAUAUAAGAAGAAUUGUCUAAUCACUAUAAUACUUCAAUGUCUCUAUUUUAAGAAAAAUCAAGUUAUGAUAAAGCAGUAUAAUUUUAUCAUAUACUUUGUGAUGCUUAAUCUUUAACUAAUGUGAAAAUUACUUAGUUAAAUGUAGAAAAGUUUGGACCAAUAAGUAUUUAAUAUAAAUGAUUGUUUUUAUUAUAAAAUGUUGUAAUAAUAAUUUUACUAUGACGUGUUUAAAAUAGUCCAAUAGAUGUCUGCCAAUUAGAUUAUCACCACAAAUGAAAAGGAAAAUUUAAAAAGUCAUAAUUCAUCUAUCUAUAUUUAGAUAUAAUAAUAAAUCAUGAUUCAAAGUUUGUAUAGACCCUUGAUACUAUUUAUAAAUCAGAAGAAAAUGAAAAAUUUGAGAAAAUUGUUGCUGAAAUCAAAUCAUAUAUCAAAUCCAUGAGACAAAGAAAACCAAAAUAUUUGAAAAACAAAUAAAUGCGUGUUAUUACUGAUGAAACAGACAAAAACAUAUAUGAUGAUAUCAUAGCAGAGGUCUCUUCAGAUAGUGAUUCAAUGUCCUGA